CUAAAUUCCAUUUUUAUAUCGAUGUCUUUGUGAAAAUUGAAGCAAAAAAAGACCUAGGCCACUGCUACGUUGAUAAAUAUGUCUCACUACCAGAAUCUUUCUGAAGACGUGGAUGCCCAUUCUCUCGCAUGGGAUACCAUAAAUCGUCCUGAAAGAGGGCCUAACUAUCAACCGUGGCGAGAAUUCUGGCCUCCUGUUAAUGCCGCCAACCUUACUCGCGCAGAGUUGAAGGCUAAGCCUUGGCUGGUAUGGAAGAGAGACGCAUCCAACCCUAACGAAAAACCGUGGUAUCAUUGGUGCAAUAUAUUUGAAGGCGAAGUAGACGUCCCUUGCAAGAAUACCGAAUCUUUCGAUUGCCGAUAUUGCAAUGGAAAGGGAUGCCAUGUUUGCACCACUGUCGCAGAGGGCGGUUAAGGUAACGAUAUAAACACUAUUGGGCUAGAAGAGAUAGUUAUACUUUUGCUAAAUAUAGAUAGCUCAGACAAGUCUUUUCUAGUAUAGAAUAAAAGAAACUACGAUCAUC